AAGACUUUCCUUCCCAGCACUUCUCUGUCCACCAUGGCGCUUCUCGCCAUCUUUCCCGACAACCGGGUGCUCGUCGCUGUGACCUCGUCUUUUGUGAUCUAUAUUCUGGUCAGGAAAAUUCGUGCUAGGAAGCAGCUUCCCUUGCCGCCUGGCCCAAAUCGUCUACCCAUCAUAGGGAGCGUUCACAAUAUUCCAUCUGAAUAUCCGUGGAUUGCCUUCAAGGAGAUGGCAGACGAGCAAUAUGGCGACGUCAUGUAUUUCGAGGCCCUAGGAAAGCCGCUCAUCAUACUCAGCUCUGCUCAGGCGGCGAAAGACUUGCUUGACCGUCGAUCGUCCAACUAUUCGACAAGACCGCAGAUGAUCAUGUUGAAGCUUAUGGGUUUUCAGUGGUCAAUGUCCACAAUGGCAUAUGGCGAUAUGUGGUCCAAACGGCGAAAACUGUUCAAUCAGCAUUUCAGCCCUGCCGUGAUACACAAAUACCAAGAUCUUCAGCUUCAGUCCACGCACCGCAUGCUCCUGAGUUUACUAAUUAACCCGGAUCAUUUCGAGGAACACGUCCGCUGUAAUUUUGGCUCAAGCAUCAUGAAAGCGGUCUAUGGCAUCGACGUUAAAAGCAUGAAUGACCCAUAUAUACACACAGCUGAGCAAGGUCUGACGGCAUUGGCGGAGGCCGCAAUGCCUGGACGGUUCUGGGUUGACGUAUUCCCCUGGUUGAUGUAUGUCCCUUCUUGGUUCCCUGGUCUUGAAUUCAAGAACUGGGCUGCGAAAGCAAGUGUCUUCAUCCGCGAUACUGCGAGGAUCCCUUGGAACGAUACGAAACGGGCUAUGAAACAAGGUAUUGCGAGGCCUUGUGUGGCGACGAGUCUCAUCGACGAUGUAGAAAACGGCCAGGUCGAAGACGAGGUCGCUCGAGAUGUCACAGGUAUCGCAUAUGCAGCUGGUGCAGAUACAACAACGUCCACACUGCUCUCGUUCUUCCUAGCCAUGAUCCACUUCCCGGAUGUACAACGCAAGGCUCAAGCUGAGCUCGACUCUGUCAUCGGCUGUGAUCGGUUACCAACGUUCAGCGACCUCAAGAACCUGCCGUAUUGUGCUGCAAUUGUCAAGGAGCUUACAAGAUGGAUGAUAGUCGCGCCUCUCUCUUUCACGCAUUCAAACGAUGAGGAGGAUGAGUACAAGGGCUACCGGAUUCCGAAGCACAGUAUGAUCAUGGUGAAUGCCUGGGGGAUUCUACAUGACCCAAAUAUGUAUCCUAAUCCUUCGGCGUUCCAACCGGAACGUUAUCUGAAGGGCGGAAAGCUCAACACCGAGGACGUCCUUGAUCCAGAAGAUAUCGCAUUUGGGUUCGGACGACGGAUAUGCCCUGGUCGUUACUUCAGCAACGCCGCUAUGUUCGCUAUUGUCGCCUCGGUGCUCGCGGUAUUUAACAUCGAGUCUGACGGUCCUUCCGUUCCACCACAACAAACUUCAUCUAUCAUAUCACAUCCUGUUCAUUUCAAGUGUAGUUUCAAGCCUCGGUCAAGGGCUUCAGAACAACUUAUCCGAAGCGUAUCAAACCAUUGAGUGUUUCCCCCUUCUGUACCUUCGUUGUAGUCUAUCUUGUUUUGUCGCAGAAUUAUACCCCAGCGGAUUCUUGUUUUUAUGACACUAUCAUGCACACGCAGACUCCGAGUCUUACGUUGCCUUUCUUCUCUCCUCUUCCUAAGCUUUUAGUCCAUAAGUCUACGCCUGUUCGCUUGCCUGUGUUCCACCAAGCUCAUCAUUAUUCCGUUUUUUGUUC